GUCGCGAGUCCUUUGCUGGGUGCGAGCCUGGACUCUUCUGGUGGCAAAAAACUCCUGGGGCUCUCGUACGACGAGAAGCACCAGUGGCAGCCAAUAUACGGAUCAACGCCGGUGACGCCGACCGGAUCGUGGGAGAUGGGUAAGAGGUACCACGUGGUUCUUACGAUGGCGAAUAAAAUUGGCUCCGUGUACAUUGAUGGAGAACCUCUGGAGGGUUCAGGGCAGACCGUUGUGCCAGACGAGAGGACGCCUGACAUCUCCCACUUCUACGUUGGCGGGUAUGGAAGGAGUGAUAUGCCAACCAUAAGCCACGUGACGGUGAAUAAUGUUCUUCUUUACAACCGUCAGCUGAAUGCCGAGGAGAUCAGGACCUUGUUCUUGAGCCAGGACCUGAUUGGCACGGAAGCACACAUGGGCAGCAGCAGCGGCAGCAGUGCCCACAGUACGCCCUCAACUCCCGCUGACAACGGUGCCCACAGUACGCCCUCGACUCCCGGUGACAACGGUGCCCACAGUACGCCCUCGACUCCCGCUGACAGCAGUGCCCACAGUACGCCCUCAACUCCCGCUGACAGCAGUGCCCACAGUACGCCCUCAACUCCCGCUGACAACGGUGCCCACAGUACGCCCUCGACUCCCGGUGACAACGGUGCCCACAGUACGCCCUCAACUCCCGCUGACAACGGUGCCCACAGUACGCCCUCGACUCCCGGUGACAACGGUGCCCACAGUACGCCCUCGACUCCCGCUGACAGCAGUGCCCACAGUACGCCCUCAACUCCCGCUGACAGCAGUGCCCACAGUACGCCCUCGACUCCCGCUGACAGCAGUGCCCACAGUACGCCCUCAAUUCCCGCUGACAGCAGUGCCCACAGUACGCCCUCAGCUCCCGCUGACAACGGCGCCAAUGGUACGGUUUUGAUUUUGCACGAUGGCGCUGCAUUUUCGGCCUUUUCGGGCGGAGGGCUUCUUUUGUGUGCGGGUGCUUUGCUGCUGCACGUGUUCGUUAUGGCAGUUUUUUUCUGA